AUGUUCCCAUUUGUUAGUAAUAUAUUUCGAUCAGAUCUCCCACUUUUUAUUUUUGAUGAUAUCUUUGUACCAGGACCAGGAAUCAGAGUAGGAGUACCAAGACCUCCUUACACAAAUCAAUAAUUUAGGGAUCAAGUUCCUAAAGUAUAAUAUAAUGAAUAAUAUUGUAGCCACCCAAUUUACAAAAAAUGCAAAGUGUUAAAAAAUCACUUGCUGAUUAUUCAGAGACAUAAGGAUAAUAUUGGUGCAUUUUAGGAGACAUGUCAUUUGAAAAAGGAGAUUAUACUAAAGCUAUUUAAUUUUAUGACAGAGCUAUAGAAUUGACUGAUAGUACAGAAAGUUCUUUUUUUAGAUCAAGAGGUUUAGCUUAUAAAAAGAUUGGAAAUUUAGAAUAGGUAGAAGCAUUAAUAUAUAUAUUUAUAGGCAUAUAAAGAUGCAAUAAUGGCAAUUGAGUUGGAUGAUAGAAAUAUUAAAGCUCAUUUAUUGUGUGGUUAAGUAUUGGCAGAGAGAGGGAAAUCAUAGGAUAAUACUCAUGAAAUAGAAACAGCUAUAAAUAGAUUGACAAAGGCUAGGACUUUAUGUGCAGGAUAGAAGAAAUAAUAUUAUGAGGAUGAAUUGAGUAAGUACAUCUAUAGAGCAAAGAAGUUAUUAUGGUAUAAAAAUAAAGAGUUAGAAGAUUAGAAAAAGAGAUAAGCAAUUUAGAAUUAUUCAAAUUAUUUAUAAUAAAGAAUUGAUUUAAAUGAAGAAUAAAGAAAAAAAGAAAUUGAUGCAUUUAUUAAUUCUAUUGGAAAUCCAGAUUAAAAAUAGAAUUAUGAUAUUCCAAGUUAUUUGAUAUGCAAAAUAACAUUUGUAAAUAUAUAUUAUGAUUAUUAAAUUAGGAAAUUAUGGAGAAUCCAGUAGUUACAGAUGCAGGUCAUACAUAUGAGAGAGAUAUGUUAAUAGAAGCAAUCUAGAAAAAUGGACCUGUUGAUCCAUGUACAAGAUAACCUAUAAGUGGAGAGUUUUAUCCAAAUCAUAAUAUCAAAUAAGCAACUCAAGAUUUCCUACUUAAUAAUCCUUGGGCUUUUGAGUAUUAAUCAGGUGAAAACUAUGCAGAUAUAGAAUUUUGA